AGCAUAUACGUGACACGCAUUGGCCCUCGCCGUAGAGAGACUUCUCUCUUUCAGAACUUUCAUUAAUUCUGCAUCGAUUAUUCUACGGUAUCUUUUUGCCACGGGUCUUGUCUUCGGCACGGACACUACAACCGCCACGAACCAAGCUCACGAUGCCCGGAAUCACUCGGAAUGGAAUCGCUACGGCGGAAUCGUUCGUAAACGUAUUAACAUGACAAUUACGCACGCGUGAGUUUGUCCGGAAUCGUAUUUUUCUAUACCGCCUGUCGCUCGAACCACGCUCUCCGGACGAUAUCGCUGACAACUCUUUUCCGCGUUACGAUUUUGAAAAGCGACCAACAUCCACUCGUGUCUAUUUAUUUAUUUCACCAUUGUUCUCCUCUCUUUCUGUCUUACACACGCGUUAUCGUAAUAACUCGAGCUCGUUACGCGAUCGGGGGAACAUUCUGAAAAAUUCACUCGUCACAAUAAAAAGUUUCUGUCUAUCGAUACAAAUAGCACACAGUCUUGAAUAACACGACGUCAAACUUUCAUUCGAGUAAUUUCGCACCUCGCGUUUAAUAGUACAUUAUACAUUACACUGAUGAAUAACUAUGAAGCCACACACAACCCGAGAUUUCUGCUCCGCUGGUACACUAUCCGUAGUUCUCACAGCAUAUGGAAUUUUAAUUACGCCAUAGUAGACGGCGAUUUGACACGGGCCGAGCGAGAUGCGUGUAUGUAUGUGCAAACUUGAAUAACAGCGCGAAACAUUUUCUGCGAACGAAUUCAUAAGUUUAUCUGUACCAUAAAGAAAUACAUAGAAUUUAGUGCACUUCAAGUAAAACAACGUCGGAGGUAUGAAAUGAAAGAUUAUUAGGAGUCGAGGGACAAAGAAUAGAAACGAUGAGGCAAAUAAGAGAAGAGGAUUGAAAUAUCUUACAAAACACCAAAGAAAGGUUUUUUUAGGCAAUUGUUGAAGUAAUUAACCAGAAAGAAGAUGCACACAUAGGAAAUAUUGUACUGAAAUAGACUUUAUGGAAUAAAAAUUGAUUAUUGUAAAAUAUUAGAAAAACUACCAGUCUCAGAAUGUUUAAAAAAGUGGUUGUGGGUAUAUCUGGUGGAGUUGAUAGUGCUGUAGCAGCAUUUAUGUUAAAAGAUAAAGGAUUCAAUGUUACUGGAGUGUUUAUGAAAAAUUGGGAUGUUACCGAUGAAACGGGAAGGUGUACAACAGAAGAAGACUAUAAACACGCACAAUGGGUGUGUGAUAAAUUAAAAAUACCUCUUAUACAAGUCAACUUUGUAAAAGAAUAUUGGAACAAUGUCUUCAGUUACUUAAUAGAACAGUAUCAAAAUGGUUUUACUCCUAACCCAGAUAUCAUGUGCAACAAAUAUAUUAAAUUCGAUAAAUUUUUCCACUUUGCACGCACCGAGCUUCAAGCUGAUGCUAUUGCAACUGGACAUUAUGUCAGAACUAGUUUUGGACCUCAUCUUGAGAAUUUUAAGCCAGAUAGAAAUGUUCAGUUAUUAAAAGCAGAAGAUGAAAGAAAGGAUCAAACACUUUUUCUCAGCCAGAUACCUCAAGUACCAUUACGAUACUCUAUGUUCCCCCUUGGAAAUUACUUGAAAAGUAAUGUUAAACAAAUUGCAAAAGAAAUUGGACUGGAGUUAGUUGCUAACAAGAAAGAAAGCAUGGGUAUAUGUUUUGUGGGAAAACGAAAUUUUCAAGACUUUAUAUCCGAGUAUAUACCAGACAAACCUGGAGAUUUUAUAGACGUAGAGACUGGACGUGUGAUUGGAAAACACAUGGGUCUUCAUCAUUGGACUAUUGGACAAAGAACGAAAAUUCAAUGUGGUUCAGAGGCGGUCUUUGUACAUAAAAAGAAUGUAGCGACUAAUGCUAUAUUUGUGGUACAAGGGACAAAUCAUUCAGCAUUGUAUUCAGAUCUAAUCAGGACUGAAGUUCCUCACUGGAUAUCCGAAGAACCAGAGGAGCUGAAUGGUGACUUUAACAUAUUAAAUUGCGACUUUCGUUUUCAACAUAAACAUCCUAUGGUACCCUGUAGAGUUCACAAGAUCUCAACCAAUGAACUAAUAAUUAAACUUAGUCAGCCUUUGAGAGCCAUUACAGAGGGACAGUUUGCAAUUUUAUAUAAUGGAGAGGAGUGUCUAGGCAGUGCCCCAAUUAAGUACCCUGGUGCAUCAUAUUACGCUCUUGGCCGAAAAUUGAUAGAGGAACAUUGGGAAUACUCUAAUGGGGAAAAAAAGAUUUCACAAGUUGUUGUAUAGUAUUGUAAAGUGUUGCAUUGUAAAAUACGAUUUGCUUCCAUCUUUGUUUGUAACAUAAAAAUAAAGUACCGAUAAAAGCGCAGCCUAAA